AUGUCGCACGAAAGAUAUCUGUUCAUCGCAGCGUCUAUAGUUUUGGCGGCCGCCUACGUACUGGCCAGGCCGCAACCGAAAGAGUUCGUACUGUCGGACGUAGUCAACAAGACCAUGUGCCCGAUCGAGGUGGAAAUCAACGACAACCCGGACCGCAUCCCGCGCCGCAUCAAGUACCUGCGAUGCGCGGCGCGGCCCAACAAGCUGUGCACCGAGCACCACAUCUCGCACGGAUGCUGUCGCCAGCACCACCACGCCUUCGUCACCGAGUGCGUGGAGAUCUACGACUGGGUGCACGUCACGUUCAAGGGGAACGACGUCCCGCAGGUCAUCAAGGUGCCGGUGGGCUGCACCUGCCUCAUCGAGGAGACGACGGCGGCCGCGGAGGUGUCGUGA